AAUAACUAAUUUUGAAGGUUAUGUUUGGAUAAAAAUGUCAACAAGGCAUGAAAAGUUAAAAAUUUAAAAGAAUUCACAAUCAUAAAAUAUUUUCAUGUUAGUUGUUAGUUCGCUAGUUUUCUGAAUUGUAAAGUUAUAAUGUUUAAGUGUUGAAAGCUAAUAAUUUAAGAUGGCUUUGGGAAUGCAGGAUAUUUUCGAACUAAAAUGUUUAAUUCGAAAUAUCGAUAUCAAGUUAUGCGCUAGAAUUGAAAGUGAUGAAAAACAACUUCUGGCUUUAGUUACGAGAAAUCGAGAUGUCAUAUUGCAUUAUUCGUAUGGGGAGUUUCCUAUAGUGCUUAAAAGAAUCCAAUGGUUUGUAACUAAUAAUAAAAAUAUACAGGCUUUAUGUUUUGACCCAACUGCUACUUGGCUGCUGAUUAUAUGUUCUGAUAGUUCUUUACACAUAGUACCAUUUUUAAGUUUAGUCGAUAGAAAGCAGAAGGUCGAUUGUAAGUGGUCAAUUUCUGACCUGACCCAUUUUUUCAAACCCCCUCAGAGUCCAGAUUGUAAACCCACUUCUUUGGUGUGGUGGCAAACGUUGGACUCAAAUCAAAAUGCCCUUGUUGGCUAUGAAAAUGGUGUAAUUGUUUUGAUAAGUUUGACUGACGGUAGACUUAUAUCUACCUGUACUGUGAAUGAGACUAUAACUGAACUGAAUCUAAGACAUGAUAAUAACCUAGACGCAUGUUUUCUUUUGAUAAAUGGCAUUAGUGGACAUCAAUGGAAACUUGUGCUUGAGCAAUAUCCCAUUGGUUAUGUGUGGCCCCCUGAGCUAGUGAAUCAGUCAGAUGAGACAGUUCAAACUAGGUCUCAUAGUUGGAGGCAAAUGGGAGUUGAUAUUUUGAUCUCACUGAUGCAACGAUUAGUAGAAAAGAAGAACUCCAAAAGAGAUAGUGCGAGUGAUACAACCAGUGAAGCAUCAAUACUCUCAGAUAGUUCUCAUUCUGGACCCGAGUUAUUACCUCAGUUUUCUAACACUUUUUUUUCGACACAAUAUGUAGGGGACAGACAUUUAUUUUCAGCAUUUUAUAAACCUGCCAGUGUGCUAACGGUACACAUUGUCAAUUCCGAAUCAGAACCGUUGUGUAAAUACAAAUUGCCCCCCAAUAUAACAGAACCCCUUCUGAAUGGUAAACUGAUUUUCACGGUAAAUAAUGAGCGGAAUUUGAUACAGAUAGUGAGUAGUCAUCUAUCGGACAGCAAAAAAGAUGAUGAUGAGUUCAAUCCAGAUUCCCUGAUAGCCCAAUUCUCAUUUGAAAAUGAAAAAAUUUUAAAAAUAUUCAGAUUGACAGACUUUGCUGCAACUAAAGUGAAAAAAUGUAAUGAAGAUAAGCUAUUUGAGAUGCCAAAAUCCAUUGACGAUCUUCACCUCAAAAGAACAAGGGUGGACACAUGUCUUAUAGUAACUAUGACUGCUGUUUACAAGGUUCACAUUAGGGUUGCUCCAGUCAAGAGAUUCAUCCACUACAUCAUUGACGAGAGUGACUAUGAAAGAGCAGAAAAAAUAGCUCACAUUUUUGGACUAAAUACUCAUCAGUUGCUAGAAAAUUGUGGGGAUCUAUUCAUUUCUCGUGCUUCAUACCAUUCCGGCAUUAUUUUGUACAAACAAGCAAGAACCCAUUUAUUGAAGAGGGUUUUGAAGUUGGCUCUUUCUGCUGAUUGUAAAACUCUACUGAAAUUCAUCAAUCUAUGUUUGAAUGCUGGUAAAGUAGACAUGUCUGUCGCCACCAAAAUACACACAGGAAAUUUAGCCCUCAUGGCAUACACUGAAUUGAUAUUGAGAUAUGGAAAUUCUUCUAGAGUAUCUAACAUCAAAGAUUUUAUGCAUUUUUUGAGAUACGAGGAGCUUUACGAUCAGAUAUUAGCUGUGAACGUGGCAUGUCAAGCCGCCCAAUGGAAGAUUGUGAAUGUGUUAGCGAAAACCAGAGGACUUUUACCAGAAGCAGUUGCUGCUUUCGGUCAAAUACUUCAAAGUGCCAGGGCUCCAAGACCUACCGACGAAGACUUCAUAUAUUGUAUAUCGGAGCCAAGUCUCACUCAGAGUUUACUCUUAGCACCGAAAUCUGCAGAAGUUAUAUUUCGAUACAUCAAGACUCAUGUGAAAAUAUUCCCUGAGGAUAUUUUAAGACGAUUCCUCUUGCAGCUUGAUCCUAGUCAACCCAGUGCCAUUCCAUUAGUGAGCAAAUUAUCCCGUCACCAAAAAUUGCCUUCUUAUUCAGACUCUAUUUCCGAUUCAAGUGAAUCGGAAAGUUACAAUGGGGACAUUUCCAUCGUUCGUAAUCUGAUUGAAACGUUUAUUAUUGUUUUGGUUCACCUUAUAUCUAAGAGUGAUCAGUUCACGUAUAAUUUGUCUUAUUUAAAAAGGGUCAAGGGGCCAGAUGAAACUCAUCAAGACAAACUUUUGGAUCAGUUUCCUGAUUUUCAAACUUUAAGUUGCGGUUACGACCAUGCUGCCAUAGUCAGGAACGACAUGGCUUUCACCAUGGGGGUUUCGAACUUGGGUAGUUUGGGUGUUGGGCCGGUUCUUUCCCAAAGUAGUCCCCCUAGACUGGUCAAUACAUUGGCUAAUCUUAGGGUUAAAGUAAUUAGUGUCAGUUGUGGAAGAAAGCACACUUUGUUUUUAACUGACUAUGGGGUAUAUGCUUGUGGGUCAAACAACUAUUCUCAGCUUGGACUUGGACCUAAUAUCCAAGAAAGUCCUUACCCGCAAAUGAUCACAGACUUGUCAGAUGUCAAAAUCAUGCAAGUCGUUUGUGGUCAAUACCACUCAAUCGCCUUAUCUGCUGAUGGAUAUGUUUACACUUGGGGAUGGGGUAUACACGGCCAAUUAGGACAUGAUAGUUGCAACAGUGAAGUUUAUCCAAGAAAAUUGAAUUUCGGUAAAAGAAUCAAGCAGGUGGCGGCUGGUCACGCGCACAGUCUAAUUUUAACGGAAGAAGGGGAACUUUACGGAUUUGGGUCUAAUGCGUUUGGUCAACUUGAAAUUUCAGAUAAAAAUUCGAAUAAACACACCAAACCUGUAAGAAUCCACAUUAGAUCUGAUUUAUUAACUCCAGUUGAAAAGGUCACAUCUGCCUAUUUCCAUAAUGUUGCCGUUUUACAAGAUCAAGAAGUCUACACGUGGGGCGCCAGUCCUCAAGAGGUGCGCCUGGUGCAGUCUAAACACCUGAAAAAGGGGAAUGGCAUCUGUGCGAAAGUGUCUGAAAACUGGAGAUCUGCUGUUAACAUUUAUUCCGGAUCUGAUAGAGGGCCCAUCGAACAAAUUUCCGUGGGUUAUAGACACACAGCCAUUUUGCACCAAGGAAGGAUUCUCUGGGGAAAAAAUAAAGAUGACGAACUCAGUCCACCUCACCUACAAGAACAGGACAUUUUAUUGAAUAUGCAGAAUUAUAGAUUUUUGCAUGUUUCUUGUGGGUUGGAUUAUACCAUGGCUGUUGAUCAUAUGGGAAGACUCUUAGCCUGGGGCAGCAUUUCCAUGGCUCAGACACUUCUGGGAAGGUCUAUGAAUGAUUCCAAUGAGAUGAAAUCAAAUGACUGUUUCCUCAGUGCUAAUGGUGGCAGAAGGAUUUUCAAAGUUCCGAGUAAUAUUCAAGGGAGCUCGGACCUAUUACCAAUCGAAGUGCCAAGAAUACCAAGUGUGACAAUAACAUUCAAUCCUACUGACCAUAACACCAUAUUAUCGAAAAAGUUCAUACCUUACUCGAUAAUUAAAAUAGAAAAUAGGGAUGCGAGUAUUCAAAAAGUUGCAGAAAAUGAUUUUCCAUUCAAGGAUAUACGAUUUGCUCCAAAAUACAUCUUGGGUCAAAAGACAUUACAAUAUGUUUUAGAGACAUACUAUGGCCUAUACGAUUAUGACAAUAUUCUCCAGGUUUGCUUACAAGAAGAAAAUUAUGUAGCCGCAAGUAGGAUAGCAUUCAUUGGUGGACAUUACUGUGAUAGUUUGAGUUUUCAGUUGAAAGCCUUUAAAAUUCACAUGGGUGCAUAUAAAACCGAAUUGGAAGCUUUCGCCAAGGAGUAUGAGAUGUCAAGUCAGAAUGAACACCAAAAAAAUUAUAUAGAAGCUUUGAAGAAUAUAAAUAUGAUUAAUGAAAAAAGUGAUAUCAGUCAAUCCAAUUCUUUUGAGCCAAACUCUGAUACACCAAUUCAACUCAGUUCAAGUUCUUCCUUAGAUAGUAUUAGACUUUGGGAAGAACAGGAACAUCAAGGAGGCUGUGAAAGUCCCUGUGAAACAGGAGAAGCAGAUUAUCGAUAUACUUUGUCUCAACUUGUGCAAUCAUUGAGAAAUAAUCAUAUUAAUCAACCGAUUUCUAGUGUUUCGAAAAUGAUGUGUGAAAGUGAAAACGAUAAAGAAGAGUUUGAAAUCGAUAAUAUUAAUAUUAAAAAUAUUGUUCAAAUGGCUUGCCAAAUUAUUGAGUUCUACUUGGAAAGAAUUUCUAGUACAGAUAAUCCUAUUCUGAUGCAGAAUAUUCUAAUGUUAGUUAUUGAUUUCUGGUUAUCUAGUUUGCUGCCAGUCCAAUUACUCGAGAAGGUCUUGCUGAAAAACAUUGAGAAAUAUUUCUAUCCUCUUUCCAUAAUACUUUUCUGUAAGAAUUUCUCAAGUGAUUCCGGUGAUCAAAUUUCAUCGGGAGUAGAACAGAAAAAUUCUGCUAGAUUUUUGAAAGAAUUUUCUACCAAGUUUUGCCUGCAACUCUGCUUGAUGGUUGUCGAAAAUGUAAAUAAAACAUGAAAAUAAAUCAUUCUUGUUGAACCAAAAGUAAAAAAAUUUAAUCUAUAGAGAGGAUUGCACAAUAUAGCUAUGUACUUCCGAAUGAAAUUGGCAAUAAGGGUACAAAUGAUUAGGAAGUAUUUGAAUCUCUUUCAUUAACAUUCUUCAAUGUGAUAAUUCUUUUAGUCAGUAUUUGAAUAGUUUCAUGCACCAACCAAAAACAAUAAAAAAUUUAUUUAAAAUGGUAGCAGCUACAUUGUACCAUGCUUAGAAUUAAGGCAAAUAACUAGAGGUAUUUUUUAUAAAAUUUUUUGUUGUUUCUGUUCAGUUCCUAUAUGAUUUUUUUAUUGAGUACAAAAGGAUAACCUUGUGUAGGUACGAAUGUUAUUUAUUUUUAUGUUGUAUUCUUACCAUGUGUGAUGUCUUAUUGAAUUAUUGUUGAAAGGAUAUUUAUUUGAAUUUUAUUAUUAUCAAAAAUUUGUUGAUGUAGAUGGAAGAAUGUUAUUUAUUUCUAGCUCGGAUAAAUUCGAAAUAAAACUUUUACCCAA